AUGCAACCUCUCGUCAUUGGCAGGUCCCCAAUUCGGGAUGUAUCACGAACCCAUCGGUUUGGAGACGUUCUCACUCUGCAUGUUGAACCGGAUGCUCAAAUUCCAAUCAGCCCCCCUGAGAGUCAGCCAGUGGACCUACGUAAUGCUGCCGGCCUGUAUCUUCGUCUCUCCGUCCCCCGGAGGUUCACCGUCUGCCGAUCGGCGCUUUCCCGUGGUGGAGACGCCGAGGAGUGGCCAACGACUCUCCCCGACCAAUCAGUUCUUGCUGAUCCGGAGACCAUAUCGAGGAUCCCAAGUGGUCCAGCUUACAGCGUCUUCUCAAAAUCAACCAGGAGAUGGAUUACGACCUUAGUCGUGGUUGCAAGUUUCGUCUCGCCGAUGACGGCCAACAUCUACUUCCCUGCGCUGGACCCCAUUUCUGAGGAUCUGGGCGUCUCUAAUUCUCUUAUCAAUUUGACCUUGACGUCCUAUAUGAUCUUUCAGGGGCUGUCUCCGACUAUCUUCGGUGAUCUAGGCGACAUGGCUGGUAGACGACCUGCCUGUAUAUUGGCCAUGGUCAUAUACGUUUGUGCAAAUGUCGGUCUGGCCCUUCAGCGGAACUACGUUGCACUUCUGGUGCUGCGCUGUCUGCAAAGUGCUGGCAGCAGCGGGACCCUCGUUCUUGGAUUUGCGGUCGUUGCGGAUAUAUCAUCCACGGCGGAACGGGGGAAAUACAUGGGGUUUGUAGGAGCUGGUAUCAACAUCGGUCCAGCUCUGGGCCCAGUAAUAGGAGGCAUUCUCACCCAAUAUUUCGACUGGCCUGCCAUUUUCUGGUUCUGUACCGUAUUUUCCUUCAUGUGGCUAAUCCCUUGGAUCCUCACUGCUCCAGAGACGUGUCGAAAUGUUGUGGGCAAUGGAUCUAUUCCUCCACCGCUCUGGAACAGGUCGAUACUUGACCUUCUUCGCCGCCGCCACCUCAGCACACAAGCAGGAACCGCCCCACGACGACAACUGAGAUUUCCCAACCCUCUCAAAACCUUGACCAUUGUGUUCGAGAAGGAGAUGGCUCUCAUCCUCUUUACAAAUUCAAUCAUUUACCUUGGCUUCAUCCUCGUCGCUGCCACCUUGGGAACAUUGUUCAAGGAGAUUUACGGGUAUGACGACCUCCAAGUCGGUCUCUGCUAUCUUCCUUAUGGCUUAGGCUGCUGCGGAGCGGUUGUUGCCCAAGGGUAUGUCCUCGAUUGGAACUAUCGGCGAAUAGCCAAGAAAAUUGGCUUCUCCAUUGAUCGCCGGCGAGGGGACGACCUUGCAAAGUUUCCAAUCGAAAGCGCCCGGUUGCAACCCGUCUAUCCGACACUGUUACUAGGAAUUGUGACUCUCAUUGGAUAUGGAUGGGCGCUGCAGGUUGAAACCUCAGUGGCAGUGCCUCUGGUUCUCGUUUUCUUGAUCGGGAUGCUGAUUCCUACCUCCUUCAGCGUUCUGAAUACUCUGAUCGUGGAUCUAAACCCAAACGCUCCGGCGACAGCGACAUCAGCGAACAACCUUGUACGAUGUUUGAUGGGGGCUGCGGCUACAGCUGCGAUCGACCGAAUGAUACAUGGUAUGGGCCGGGGCUGGUGCUUCACAUUUCUAGCCUUGUUGAAUUUGGCACUGAUGCCUCUGUUGAGGUUGAUUGACAAGCGUGGGCUAGCGUGGAGGGCGGCCAGGGCAAAGAAGGAAGCACUCGGGAGUGUCUGA